GCAUAUCUCUGCAUGUUGUCCCCGGCCCCAGCUCAGAGCUCUCAGCCAGAAGGGACCAAAGCCUCGUCGGCCCGCAAAAAUCACACACUCCCACAUCAGCUGCUGUGGGGUGAGAGCGGAGGAGAGGAGAGCAACGGCAGACAGAGAGCUAGAUUCCAACUGAGCGCCACAGAACUAGAACGAUUUAGUUUGUUCUCACACACUUUUGCCAGUUAGUGCUUCUUCUUAAGCUGUUGAUGAGGCGGCCAGAGCCAACUUUGUCUCCCAUGAGUCUGUGGUCCAGAGGUCGCCCGAGGGCUCGAAGUGUGUACGGCUUUUUGAACGUUUGCGGCUUGUUUUUGAAACCUUUGAACGCUGGAACUGUACUGAAAUCAUUAUGACUCUUCUGGGCUCCGAGCACUCCAUACUGAUACGAAGCAAGUUUAGAUCAGUGCUACAGUUAAGACUUCAGCAGAGGAGGACACGAGAGCAGCUGACAGACCAGGGCAUCAUGCCUCUGAACCAUGGCAAGUUCCCCAAGCAGGAGGACUCGUAUGCCUUUGAGGAGGACAGCAGCAGCGAGAGUCUGUCUCCGGAGCAGAACCACAGUGACGAGUCACAGGGCUCAGCCUGCCCUUCAUCUGACGCCGUCGGCAGUACGGCCUCCUCCUCCUCCUCACCUGCCCUCACCAGCCCACGACAGGGUAGUGCAACCAGAGGCCCACCAGACCAAAGCCAGGAAGAAGGCCUGUCUUCCCCUAACACCAACCAGGUAGCUCCACCAAUACCGGUUCCUGCAAUAGUCAAGUCCAAGACGUCGGACAAGAACCGACAUAAGAAGCCCAAAGAUGUGAAGCCAAAAGUAAAGAAGCUCAAGUACCACCAGUACAUUCCUCCAGACCAAAAGGUGGAGAAGUCUCCUCCGCCCAUGGACUCAGCCUACGCCCGACUCCUGCAGCAGCAGCAGCUGUUCCUGCAGCUUCAGAUCCUCAGCCAGCAGAAACAUACUCACACACAUUCACAGAUACAGCAGCCACAACAGCAACACAUACACUCCAUGCAGGCCCAUGCCCAGCAGAGACAGCCCACCUUCAGCUACCAGCCUCAGCUGCCAGCCAGCACCCAGAGGGGCAACAGUGAGCAGGUACCAUCUUGCGCCUCUAGUGGUCCUGCCAGCAACUCGAACAGCAACUCCUCUUCUCCUGUCAAGAACACAUUUCCCAAUCAAAACAACGUUUCACCUGUCAAAGUUGGUCCACUACCUGCUAAUCUGGAUGACCUUAAAGUUUCCGAGCUCAGGCAACACUUGCGCAUUCGCGGCAUGCCUGUUUCAGGGACCAAACAGGCCCUUAUCGAACGACUCCGGCCCUUUAAGGACUCCAACGCCGACUCUUCACCGUCAGGGUCCUCCGACAUCACAACUUUAACUUUUCCGGUCACACCCACUGGUUCCCUGUCUUCCUACCAGUCCCCAUCUUCCUCCAGCAAUCUGUCGCAGGGAGGAUAUUUUCCCUUCCCAAGUACCUCUUCCACGCCGCCCAUCUCUCCGGCCUCCUCUGAUCUGUCUCUCAGCGGCUCCCUCCCGGACAGCUUCAGCGAUGUGCCAAUGUCCUCUCCAAACCAGUUCAACCUGCAGCCAUCCCCAACCCAAACUGCCAUAGAGGAUGGCCUGGGUGCAGGAGGAGGAGGUGCCAGGGCGUGUGGAGGGAACCAGAGAGCAGGAGAGGACGAAAGGAAUGAUGGAAGUCUGGAAGCCGAAAAAGAUAAGAUGCUGGUAGAGAAGCAGAGGGUCAUCGAGGAGCUGACGUGGAAACUGCACCAGGAGCAAAGACAGGUUGAAGAACUGAAAAUGCAACUUCACAAGAGAAAACGCUGCUAUGGAGCAACUGAGGACGCCAUCCCUCCACUGUCUCACCCCUCAAUGCUUCACCAACAGCAGGCCACACCUAUGAUGAGCCAGCAUUUUCUGGGGGUGACAAUCAAGCAAGAGCCUAUGUCCUUGUCGUCUAGUUGUCCCCUGUCUUCCUCCAAGCAGCUCAAGAGCCCUCCUGGCAGCUGCAUGGACAAUAUGGGGUGCUGCAACAAUCCCAUACCAAAUCUGGGCGGUGGUCCUAGUGGGCCACAAUGCAUGGACACAGACCCUUCCUCUGCCAACCCCUCCACCAUGUCAGCCUUUCUGAGUCCCCAGUGUUCUCCGCAAGAUUCUCCUGUCGGAAAACCCACCAGCAGCUCCCAGCCUCCGUCGCCUAACAGCCCCUACCUGCUGUCUCCUCUGCUGGCGAGAGACAGCUGUGGACACCCCCACACACAAGGCAGAGGUCACAAUAUGCAGGUGCAGCAGAGGACUGGUAGCCAGCCGUUAAACUGCUCUUAUCCUUCGGACCAAAGAAGCCUUCAGGCUGCGUUUCCCAGCUCACCUGACUGUGGUCUUAACCACAGCGGCCCCAUCAAGGCCGAGAGUCAGAAUAUGCAACCAAAGAUGUCAGCAUUGCCAUCUUCCCGGCAUGUUGGCCAAAAGUGCCAGGUCUCCCCCCCUGCCUUCAGUAGCUCAGAUUCAGAUGCAUCUGACUUAAGACAGCCCCCAUGCUAUGAGGAUGCAGUGAAGCAGCAACUGACCAGGAGUCAGCAGAUGGAUGAACUGUUGGACGUGCUCAUAGAAAGCGGAGAGAUGCCAGCUAACGCAAGAGAAGAGAGGGAGAGGUCCUCUGUAACACAAGUUGUGCCUCACAUUACUGUGUCCCCAGGGUGUCCCGGCCUUCUCAUCCCAAGGUUCCACUGGCACUACGAGCACCUGUCCCCCAACCAGAUGCCCUACGACCAUGCCACCAAUCACGCCACCGAGAGCCACCUGCAGACUCUGCUGGGUAACCCUAUGGGACGGGGAGGGGAGAUGGGGCUCCUUAAAAUGGCCGCCGAGGACGGACACCAGGAAGACGAAGGGAACAGAGACGCCGAAGAGUAUGGCAGCCACCACUGCCGCCCCCACCAUUCCCAGCAGGACAAACUCCAGACCAACAGAGAUCGGCUAGACACGCCUCUGUCGCCCGGUAGCAGUAAGGUGUUCGCCGUCCCUGAGGUCCAGGGGAUGGUCAGCAUGGCCUUUAGCGAGACGCCGUGGGAAACGAUGGAGUGGCUGGACCUGACGCCUCCCAGUUCCGCGACUGCUUUCGGCGGCGCUACUCAGCCCAGUGCGCCCAGUAUCUUUAACACAGAGUUCCUGGAUGUGACGGACAUUAACUUGAACUCUGCCAUGGACCUUCAACUGGAGCAUUGGUGAAAGCAACGAUGCCAACAUUAAUACCAAAGAACUAUUGAAUUCUGCCCUAUAUUUCUUUAGUCUAAGUGUGAGAAGUUCCUCUUUGCUGUCGUACAGUGGAAUAUUAUUUUGUAUAGUCGUCUAAAGUUUGACAGCCUAAAGAGAUGUUGUGAAAUUUUAUCUUGAAUCUUAACUUUACUGAACUUCUUUUCCACCAAUGUCAUUGUAACCACAAAAAAAACCCAGGUGCUUUUUGAUACAAUUUGUGUCCAUUUUGAACAUUGAUGCGCACAACUGUCACUGAGUUGAGGACUGACAGUGGACACAUGUAGUACUUUCUGUACGCACCAUCAGUGUUACACCACCUAGACUUGAAGACAGAAUUUUUGCCAAUCACUGCAUACCUACAGAGUGAAUAUUUGUGUUACUGGAAAAAAAGAAAGAAAAAUCCCCCCAAAAGACUAACAAGAAUAUCUGGAUUUCAUAGAAGCGGCCAAAUUGUAAAUAUCACAACAGUUUUGGAAAAUCUCACAUCUUCAUCCUGUUGUCAAAAGUGUGGGAGAGAGUACAACCCAAAAAUGAAGUGUAUAACACAACCAUUUCAACGUUUGAUGUAAAUAUGAGAUAUAUAUAUAUAUAUAAACUAACAGAGCACCUCUUGCUUUAACACACAUUUGUCACAGUUUGCUUGAGCUUUGAAUAUAGGAAUGGUUGUUGUUCUUUAUACAUAUCUACAGUUUCUGACAUAUUUAUGUACAGGAAGACAUAAAGGGGAAAGUGAUGUCUGAGGAAUCUUUGGUCUUAUCCGUUUAAACCAAGAGACAAACUGUGCCUUACUUGCAAGACAUGCUUUAUGAAUAAAAUUUCCCAGUUUUAUAUUGAUGACUCUACAAAAGCUAACAGGCAUUUUAAAAGCUACAAAAAGCCAAUUUAAAAAAAAAAAAAGAAAAUUUUAUAUGUAAUUUUUGUCCUCUUAAAUUGCAACAUCUCUAUUUCAAAGUCAAUCACAUUUAUUUAUUUUGUGAUUUUGUAUUUAUACUUGAUGUUGUAUUUAUGCUGACAUUCCUUUGAUACUUUCUUGAUGUAACCAAAAAUUACAUAUAUAUUUUUUUGGACCACUGACUCUUUUAGGCUAAGCAGUUUCAAAAUGUGGGGAAAAGCGAAGGAGUCGACCUAAAAAGCCGCGUUAUCUCAAAUGACAGUUAUCAAUUGUGUGAACCGUCCAUUGUAAGCACUUGUGAAUAGAAAAGAAAUGUAAUAUAUUCAAAUCUUAACUGUGAAUACUUCUAAAAACUCCCCCUACAGCCAGCAGACAAAUUGGUCCGCUCAACACAACUCUGACCAGUAAUGUUCUGAACACUCUAAAAAGUAAGAGUUUGAAUUUCUAUAGUAUCUUCUGAAUGUAUUGAAAGAAAAUACAUGAAGACACCUGUAUGUGUUCCAAAUGUGCAGCAUCAUCCACAAAACAAUUUCUAGGCUAUGCAACAUUGUCAAUACCAUAAUAUUCCAAAGUUCUUGCAGCAGAAAGCAAAUUUUUGCAUACAUUGUAUAAAAAGACAAUUGUUUUUAUUUCUAUUGUCUGACAUUUAUGCUACUUUUUUGUCAGAAGAUUACAUAAUUUUGGGGGGGUGAGGGGGAUUUGAUAGAAUUGGCUUUAAACUGCCUUUAAACUUGAAUGAAUCUUUUUGGGCAUCCUGACACAAGUUUCUCACAUUAGUUUGCUGAAACCACGGCCCACUCCUCCUGACAGAACUUGCUCACUCGCACCUUCUCAGCUAGGGAAGCCGAAAUACCUAGAAGCAAUGCCACUUACACCAGUGGCAGGCCCAGUUGGUACCUGGGCCUCCAUAGGUACUUUCCUGAUUUAAUCCACCACUAUGGCCUUACAAGUAUACAAGCCACCAACACUAUAGUAAACACACAACGCAAUAUAACAGGGUCAGGUAUUAUAAAGGUUUGUUCAGUCCUUACAUAAAGUUAGUAUUGAGUUUUCGGAUUGAAAUGCAUCCUGAGUUACCACAUAAAAACUAAAUACAUGAGCCAUAUCCAAUUAAAUAUAGAGAGAAGACAGCUAAGACCAUAUAUACCUUUGGUAUAUAUAGAUAUAAGUGGCCAUUUGUUUAUCAAUUAGCCUAACAAUUAUGAGUUUUUCACCUUUUGUGAGUGAAUACUAUUGUUAUAACAAACAAACAAAAAACUGUUUGGACGCCUCCAAGUCUCUACACUAUAUCCAACUGUCCCAAAAAAGAAUAAAAAUAAAGCACAAAAUACUCACUCAGUUGCAGAUUAUUUCUUCACAGACAAAAUCCAUCCUCUUCUCUUUGCGAAGACAAACCUCAGUCACGUUUCAGUUCCAUCAACUAGUCCUUCUCUAUGGCCUUGUUGUAUUUUUGGGGGGCAAAUCCCAGCCAUUUCUGCAAUGCUCCAGCGGCUAAGUGGUACCGCUCACGCCUGAGACUUCCGGGUCUUCACGAUGUCAAGUUGUUCAGAAAAAGUCUGCCUUGAAAAUUUAUUUCUUUUUUUUAAUCAUGAGAGUAUCUAUAUCUUCUUAAGACAUUGAAUACCAAAAAUAAAAAUUAUAAUUUCACACACAUUAACAAGAGCAGCACAGUUUCCUGGCGAUAUGCUUUGCUAGCUAAACUUCCUAUAGGUUCACUCUGACCGUCCAAUCAGAGGGGGGAAAACCUCUGACGCCACUACGAGCAGCCGUUGUGAAUCAGCGAACCUGAAAGCUGAUUGGUUAAAAGAACCGUUCCGUUCGUUUACUGGCUCUGGGCAGAUUAGGCUGCACAAUACAAAAGAAACACAAAGAAACUGAAAUCUGAUUGGACGGAACACCGAUAAUGCACACCGACAUGUAUAGGAAGCCGUGCAGACAAGUCAGACGUUGUAAAACAAAAACAAACAAACAAAACAAAAAGUCUCACUUAAAUCAAUUUUAUUAAUUUUUUGGCAGUCAGUUAAUAAAAUUUAAUGGAGAAAAAAAUUAUAAUUUGGGUUGUAAACAUCUUGAUAGUGCUUAGUCCUGAAGGCUAUUGUUAGCAAAGCAACUAAUCCAGCAAACAGCGUUUAUUUUUCCUCUGUGCUGAUUGGUUGUACUCACAAGAGCUGAAAUAAUGAAGAGUAAAUAUUAACUUCUGUGCCUAGUAAUGAAUACUAUGGUAUAUUUUGUGUGUGAACUAUUAAAAUAUGCAAUUAUUUUUUAUAAGGAGUCUCAGAUAUUCCUGGGGUCUAGCUAUUCAUAGGCAGCUGUGGUCCUAAACCCCUGCAAAUACCAGAUGUCCACCUUAUACUUUAUGUUUGAUUCCCUUUUCUUCCUGCAAAUAUAACAAAGAUCAUUAUGGCCAACUUUUUGAUUUUAGUUUCUCCUGAGCCCGUGGCAUGUCUCCAAACGUUAAGGCUUUUACAAAUUGUACGGUUUUUCUUUAAUGUCCUUUUUGGAACAAUGACUCUGAGUGGCCUUUCAAAACCUUUCAAUGUGAAUAAUAUCUCACCAGAUUCAGACAGCAUUUUCACAAUGUAUUUAUUUUAUUUUAUUGUUUUUACUUUUGUUAAAAGUCAGGCUCAUGUUACCCAAAAAAGAACCUUUCUUGUAAAGGUCCAUAACUCUUUUCUAGGUUGGCUGAUUUCUUUAGGGUUUUUUUUUUUUUUUUCAUGAUGUCACACAAGGAAGUAAUGUGUUUGAGGGAUUGGCUUAAACUGCAUUCAAUUGUACUUGAAUCUGAAUAUAUCUGAAGCUCCUAAAGCCUUGACAUUACCAUUUGGACUUAUUUAAAGUAAACAAAAUAAUAACCUUGUUACGCAUAAACCUCUGAAUUUGAUGAAAGUGAUAAAAUAAAAUUCCAAAAGUCAUUAUUAUUGCAUUUAGCUAAUAUAAAUAAUUGUAAUCCUAACUAACCUUAAAGGUUCAGUUGUAUUGAAUGUCAGAGAAUUAUUUUUCUUUUUAUACAAUGUGCAUAUAUCUGGUUUCAACACUGUACACCUGAUGAAAACCCCUAGAAGCCAUAACCAAGGUUAAUCAUGAAAGGUGGCCAAAACAAAAGCACUAACUCAAAUUAAAAUGCAGCUUGACAAAUUUCUAGUCAUAAUUUCUAUAAAUUAUUCUAAUCAUUUUAUUUGACACAUUGUGGUUAUAUAUCAAUGUGUGGAAAGCAUUGGUUUAGAGCCAAAAGGGAAAGAUUGGGCAAGUUUGGUUGUUUGGAUGACAGAAAAGACAUGUAGAACAUUUGCAAUAGAAAAAUUUUAGUAAUUCCGAGUGAAUCAAAUUCCAGACAGGACUGCUGGCUGGAAAGUCAAGCCAUAAAUGCUCUUGUACUUAAACUGCUAUCACAUUUUAUCUAUGACUUCUUAGCUUUUAGCUUUAACAAAAAGUGGAUUAAUUUGGCCUGACAUUAUUAAAAUGCCAAUAUAAGGCUAAAUAUAGAUAUAAAUUAUAGGUUUGAAACUUUAUUUAGACAUCUGCUAAGCUCUCAUUUAUAUUAUAUAUUUGAAAAUAUAAAGAUCUGGGACUUGUAGGUAAACUUGUGCUAGCUGCUUUAGCAAUGCUAAUUCCUAAAGCAGCUAGGAAAUAGCAUUCCUAAAGCAGCUAGCACGGGUGUCUCUUCUCUUUUUGUUUGAGAAGAGACAGGAAAUUAUACCCAAAUAUGUUGACUUUGAUCGGGCUAAAUUUAAUCCACUUUUUGCACUCAUCAGACUUUCCAUUCGACAUUCCAAAUUAAAUCCAAUUCAUCAUUAACCUCUGUUUUAUUUGCUAAAACUAUCUUUGCUAGGAAAUCUAUCCCAUUCUUGAUUUACAUUUUUUUGUUUUCAAACAAGUAUGACUCAAUAUGAAGCCACAGCUUUGGUAAAAGUGUAUUAUUCAAGAUGUUUGAAUUUGGGCGAGAAACUGACAGGAUUUAUUUUUGUUAUCCGUAACAUCCCGUAUCUACGGUCAUUGCCACUUUGGCGUAGUUCUGGUUACAACUGACCCGAGAAUCACGUUCUCCAUGCAUUUUUGGUGAACGGAUGAAGAAAUGGCGUUGAAGCUGCUUUUCUUUUCCACUACAGAGCUGCGUGAAAGUCUAACAACAAAUGUAAUCAGAGUGACGGCUCAAGGUGCAUCCUGAAAGAUGAAUUUUCAGGUUCCAAGGUGGGGGGAAAAAAACCCCAUCUGUAUUAACCCCGAAAUUCCAAAACAUAUCCAAUAUGGCUGUCCUGAGUAAGAAAGUUCGUUUGUUUGCCUUUCUGAUGGCUUUCAAUGUCAAUAAUUCAGUCAGACAUCUAUUUGUGAACAUGUGUCUUUAUUGUCUGAUUUUUGAAAACUGUUAGUCCUGAGAUUCAAACUAAGAGUUGAGUAAUUAGAAUAUAGCAUUAGCCGCGUCGGAUAUUGAACUGUCGCUGCCACAAAUACGAAACAAAAAUGCAAGUGAAAACAUGUGUAUGACAAGUGUUGCCCCAAUAGUGGGUCAUCUAUCUACUCUGUAAAAUCAGGUUUGACUUUAGCAUUUUUGACCGUUUUACGCUUUACCUAUGGACAUGUUUAAUGGUUUACACGGUUUGAUUCCAUCACAUUCAAAGGUGUUCUCACUUUCUGUCUUAAAUAUGUUUCCCAGUCCUGUUCACCCAUCUGGCCUUAUUUGCAAUAAUUCUCCUUAGUCAAGGCCAGAAAGCAAAAAAACCACAUCUGACAGAAGCUUCCAUGUUGCUUGGCCACCAACUUGCCUUUUGUCUGUUGUAAAAAAAAAAAAAAAAAAAAGGGUAUUGUGGAUUUAUUUCUGUAUACAGCUGAAAGAGCAAUAAAAAUGAUCACAGCUAA